CAACUUCUCAAGAAAGUUAAUGCUGCUCUUGAUAAUUUCUUGGGCCAUUUGGCUGGGCUUUAAAGUCAAAAAUAUUGACUCAAAAACCCAAAUAAAGAUAGGCUCCUAAAACAGGAAAAAACAAGACUCUAGGGGUGGUAAAAGGAAAGAACACACGAAUAAAAAAAACAAAUACAUUACUAUAACACAUUGAUAAGGAGCCAGUGUGUCACAUAGACGAAAACCUCAAAUUUUCAAUCGACCAAACAAAUGCCUAUCUGAGAAGCCCUAAAUCCCCAAUUUUUAGAUCGGUGAUUAAAGACCUGAUCGUUCGAUUUCGGAUUUUAAUCGUGUUUAGGAAGUUGGAUAAUUUAGCGGCGGCGUUGGUGAAUUUGGGAAUUGAGAGGAGAAAUGAGUGCACAGAAGAAGAGGAAUUUUCAGAUAGAGGCGUUUAAGCAUCGGGUUGUUGUGGAUCCGAAGUAUGCUGAAAAAACUUGGAAGAUCCUUGAACAUGCUAUUCAUGAGAUUUAUAAUCAUAACGCUAGUGGUUUAAGUUUUGAAGAGCUUUAUAGAAAUGCAUAUAACAUGGUACUGCACAAAUUUGGGGAGAAGCUCUAUUCAGGACUUGUGUCAACCAUGACAUCACAUUUGAAGGAAAUUGCAAAAUUUAUUGAAGCUUCUCAGGGAGGUUUGUUUCUUGAAGAACUGAAUCGGAAAUGGGCAGAGCAUAACAAGGCACUGCAAAUGAUUCGAGAUAUAUUGAUGUAUAUGGAUAGAACUUUCAUUCCCAGUACACAUAAAACACCUGUUCAUGAGCUUGGUUUGAAUUUAUGGAGAGACCAUAUCAUCCACUGUAGUAAAAUCCACAAAAGGCUUCAGGACACACUUCUUGAACUUAUUCAGCUUGAGAGGACUGGUGAAGUGAUAAACAGGGGUUUGAUGAGGAAUGUGAUAAAAAUGCUAAUGGAUUUGGGUUCUUCAGUAUAUCAAGAAGAUUUUGAAAAGCCUUUUCUUGAUGUCUCGGCUGAUUUUUAUCGGCUUGAGUCUCAGCAAUUCAUUGAGUGCUGUGAUUGUGGGGAUUAUCUGAAGAAAGCUGAGAAACGUCUCAAUGAAGAGAUUGAAAGAGUGUCUCAUUAUUUAGAUACAAGAAGUGAACCCAAACUUACUAAUGUCGUGGAGAAAGAGAUGAUUGAAAGCCAUAUGCACAGAUUGGUUCAUAUGGAUAACUCAGGCUUGGUGAAUAUGAUUGUGAAUGAUAAGUAUGAAGAUCUAGGCAGGAUGUACAACUUGUUCCGAAGAGUGUCAACUGGGCUCGCAUUGAUUAGAGAUGUCAUGACUUCUCAUAUUCGAGAAAUUGGUAAGCAGCUUGUCACUGAUCCAGAAAAGUUAAAGGAUCCUGUAGACUUUGUGCAGAGGCUUUUGGAUGAGAAGGAUAAGCAUGAUAAGAUCAUAAGUUCAGCAUUUAAUAAUGACAAAACAUUCCAGAAUGCUCUAAAUUCCUCAUUUGAGUACUUCAUUAAUCUGAAUCCGCGAUCACCCGAGUAUAUCUCUUUGUUUGUGGAUGACAAACUUCGGAAAGGGCUUAAAGGGGUUACUGAGGAGGAUGUAGAGCUCGUAUUAGACAAAGUGAUGAUGCUCUUCCGCUACCUUCAGGAGAAAGAUGUGUUUGAGAAGUACUACAAGCAGCACUUGGCAAAGAGGCUACUCUCUGGGAAGACGGUAUCUGAUGACGCGGAGAGAAGUUUGAUAGUUAAGCUUAAAACAGAAUGCGGGUACCAGUUCACCUCAAAACUGGAAGGCAUGUUUACUGAUAUGAAGACCUCACAGGAUACGAUGCAGGGUUUUCAUGCUGCUGUGGGUGCUGAAAUCGCUGAGGGUCCUUCACUUACUGUCCAGGUUCUUACUACCGGGUCCUGGCCAACACAGUCUGUUACUACUUGCAAUCUUCCUUCAGAAAUUUUAGGGGUCUGUGAGAAGUUCAAGACCUACUAUCUGGGGACCCAUACAGGUAGGAGGCUGUCUUGGCAAACCAAUAUGGGGACUGCUGAUGUGAAAGCUACAUUUGGAAAGGGACAGAAGCAUGAGCUUAACGUUUCCACUUACCAGAUGUGCAUCCUUAUGCUGUUCAACAAUGCCGAUCGAUUGAGUUAUAGAGAAAUUGAACAGGCUACAGAAAUACCAGCUUCAGACUUAAAGAGGUGCUUACAGUCUCUCGCUUGUGUCAAGGGGAAGAAUGUUCUGAGGAAGGAACCAAUGAGCAAGGAUAUAGCUGAAGAUGAUGCCUUUUACUUCAAUGAUAAGUUCUCGAGCAAGUUCUACAAGUUAAAGAUAGGUACUGUUGUUGCGCAAAAGGAGUCGGAACCUGAGAAACAGGAGACUAGGCAGAGAGUGGAGGAGGACCGAAAACCACAGAUUGAGGCAGCAAUAGUCAGAAUCAUGAAAUCUCGGAGGGUGCUAGAUCACAACAAUAUAGUUACUGAAGUAACGAAGCAGCUGCAGUCUCGAUUCCUGCCAAACCCAGUUGUCAUAAAGAAACGAAUCGAGUCUUUGAUUGAGCGUGAAUUCUUGGAGAGGGAUAAAAUAGAUAGGAAGUUGUAUCGUUAUCUGGCUUGAAGAAGCCACAGGCACUGAACCCGCGAUUUUUUUCGGGACUUGUUGGGCCUUAAACUUGUGGAAAUGUAAGUUUGAAUAUUUGUCAAGUCACUUGAUACCCACACGGGCGUUAAUGACGGUUGUUUGUUGGUACAAUACAUCCGUUUUAUAUAUGCUCUUUCCUUUGUA